CUCCUGCAGCCCGCCCGCAGCGCCUCCAGCCCCCGAGAUAUGAGCCCAGGCCGCUGAGACGGAAGCGAGGGACGCCGAGCCGCCGGGAUGCAGAGCAUCAAGUGCGUGGUGGUGGGCGACGGAGCGGUGGGCAAGACCUGCCUGCUGAUCUGUUACACGACCAACGCCUUCCCCAAGGAGUACAUCCCCACCGUGUUCGACAACUACAGCGCCCAGAACACGGUGGACGGCAGGACUAUUAACCUCAACCUGUGGGACACGGCCGGCCAGGAGGAGUACGACCGCCUCCGGACGCUGUCCUACCCGCAGACCAACGUCUUCAUCAUCUGCUUCUCCAUCGCCAGCCCGCCCUCCUACGAGAACGUGAAGCACAAGUGGUACCCGGAGGUGUGCCACCACUGCCCCAACGUGCCCAUCCUCCUCGUGGGCACCAAGAAGGAUCUGAGGAACAACCCUGAGACCAUGAAGAAGCUGAAGGAGCAGAACCAGGCGCCCGUCACCACCCAGCAAGGCAUCACCCUCUCCAAGCAGAUCCACGCCGUCAAGUACCUGGAGUGCUCCGCUCUCAACCAGGAAGGCAUCAAGGACGUCUUCACGGAGGCCGUGCGGGCCGUCCUCAACCCCGCCCCGGCCAAGCCCAAAAAGUCCUGCGUCCUCUUGUGAAGGGGGAGACUUGGGGGGUGGGGGGGAUCGGAGAGACACCUGAGAAACCUCGUCUUGGCCCUGCUGCCUCUCGCGACGCCAGAAUGUACAGCCCCGAGCGCAGGGUGCGGCCAGGACUGCCCGCCUCCCCCUUUCCCGUCCGCCUCCCGCCGCGCGGCCUUCCCGUUCAGGAGCAGCUCCCCGCCCGGGUACCACGAACCCACGGCUGUUAGCGAUAAUAAUAAAGCCCACGUUUGCACUGAUGCCGAAGUUGUCUCAGGUCCCGUUUCUCGGGGGGUCCCGUCCCCUGGCUCCCCCCCUCUCCUCUGGGGUGAAGCCCAGGACAGCCCCUCCAUGCCCGAGCCUUGCAGCUCAGCCUGGCCGGAAGGAAACCAGUGCCUUACGACCCCACUGCCCCGCGAAGGCAGCCCUCGAGCCAACUGACACCACCUGCCCCGCGUCCCUCGUCUCGUCCCACGCCUUAUCGGGACCGCAGGAAAGCAGGAUCCGAGUUCGGGCCCGACACCCAGAGAAGCCCUGCCCUGCCCUGCCGCCGGCUAACGGGUGCGGGUUCGGUGUUGCGGCAGCACUGGUUGGAGAGCGACGGCUCUCGGGCACCUCCGUUCUCGCCGCGUCGGAAAGGCUUUCUCCGAGCGCCGUCUCUGGGGCUUUUUACCCGCACGCGGCUUGUUCUGACGGCGCUGAAAUGGCCCCUUCCCAAGACACGAGGGCUGGAGUCUGGCCAGCGACCGGUUCCUUGCUGUACCCCGGCGCUUCUGGGCUCGCACGCAGAGACCCUGGAUGAGCUCCCGCCGCGGACCCUCCUCCUGGGACCCAACGACCGUCGCAAGCUGCCGGCUUCCCUGGCUCCCCUGCUCCAUGCUGUGGUCCUGCUCCUGAUUUAAGAGGCCAGUGCUGCCCAGCAGAGCGGCUGUGCAUCCUGACGUCCGGGGACCAGCGCAGCCCCGCUGCCUCCGGCUGCGUCUCGGGGCGGCCACCAGCCUGGAGCCUCCCACGGUACUAGCCAGAUCCCCGUCUCGCUGCGCCCUUGGAUCCCCGCUGCCAGGCUCAGCACGAAGCAGGAUCAGGCUCCUGGAGCGUUAUCAGCCCCCCCGAUACAGAAGGGAAAGGCCUGGUGGGGCGUCCUCGGCUUCAUCCUCUUGGAUGACGGGGAGAGGGGAAGCUGUUGCCUGCCUUGGGAUUGGCAGCAGGAGGAGGGAAGAGGUCGUGGCUCCAGCCCCCAGGCCCUUCACGUCCAUCCUGGUGCGGUGAUGGAGGAGGCUGCCUUCCCUGUGAUGCCCGCUCCAGGUGGGGCGGAGGGGGCAGCAGGGUGCCGGGGCGCUGAGAAGCCAUGCACGAUGCCCAUGGGUCAGCCCCGGUGCGGGGCAGCAGGGGUGAUGACCGGGAGCUCCCUGUCCCCAUGCCAAGGACGUGGCUGGAGCAGUCGCUCGGGCAGGAGCAAUGCAUGCGGCUCCCGAUCUCCUCGCCGGUGCUGCGCCGGGAGGAGCUCGCGAGCGGGGCGAGAUCGGUGCCUUCCACUUUGCUUGUCCUUAAUAAACGGAUUUGC